UUGGCUGUUCCCAGACUCGGGUUGUCGUCCCGUCACGUCGCACAGAUUUUCAUCAAGUUUUUAUUCCUAGUCUCCGCUGACUUCUAAACAGCCAUGCGAGAGUGUGUGUCCUUACAUAUCGGCCAGGCUGGCGUGCAGAUCGGUAACGCGUGUUGGGAGCUGUACUGCCUGGAACACGGGAUCCAGCCGGACGGCAUGAUGCCGAGUGACACGACCCUGGGCGUAGAGAACGACUCCUUCAACACGUUCUUCAGCGAGACGGGAGGGGGAAAACACGUGCCCAGGGCUGUGUUCGUCGACUUGGAGCCGACUGUGAUCGACGAGAUCCGUUCAGGAGCGUACAGACAACUGUUUCACCCCGAACAGCUCAUGUCUGGGAAGGAAGACGCCGCCAAUAACUACGCCCGGGGGCACUACACCGUCGGGAAAGAAAUCAUCGACCAAACGGUGGAUAGAGUCAGGAAAUUGACGGAGAACUGUACCGGUCUGCAGGGUUUCCUCAUCCACCACAGCUUCGGCGGCGGCACCGGGUCAGGGUUCACCGCGCUCCUCAUGGAGAGACUCUCCGUGGAGUACGGAAAGAAGUCGAAACUACAGUUUUCCAUCUAUCCUGCGCCACAGGUGUCUACAGCAGUGGUUGAGCCGUAUAACUCCAUCCUGUCCACCCACACCACCCUGGAGCACUCCGACUGCUCCUUCAUGGUGGACAACGAAGCGCUGUACGACAUCUGCCGGAGAAACCUGGACGUGGAGCGCCCGACCUACACCAACCUCAACCGCAUCAUCGGGCAGGUGGUGUCGUCCAUCACCGCCUCCUUGCGGUUUGACGGCGCACUGAACGUGGAUCUGACGGAGUUCCAGACGAACCUGGUGCCGUACCCGCGCAUCCACUUCCCGCUGGCCACGUACGCGCCCAUCAUCUCGGCAGAGCGCGCGUACCACGAGCAGCUGCAGGUCGGUGAGAUCACAGCCUCCUGCUUCGAACCGGGCAACCAGAUGGUCAAGUGCGACCCUCGGCACGGGAAGUACAUGGCGUGUUGUCUGUUGUACCGAGGUGACGUCGUGCCGAAGAACGUGAACGCCGCCAUUGCAAACAUCAAGACCAAACGGACCAUUCAGUUCGUGGACUGGUGCCCGACUGGCUUCAAGGUUGGGAUAAACUACCAGCCUCCCACCGUGGUGCCCGGCGGUGACCUGGCUAAGGUUCAGCGUGCCGUGUGCAUGUUGAGUAACACCACCGCCAUCGCCGAGGCCUGGGCCCAGCUGGACCACAAGUUCGACCUGAUGUACGCCAAGCGCGCCUUCGUGCACUGGUACGUGGGAGAGGGGAUGGAGGAGGGGGAGUUCUCGGAGGCACGAGAAGACCUGGCCGCGCUGGAGAAGGACUAUGAAGAGGUCGGAACCGACUCCGUAGAUGAAGACGAUGACGAAGAAGAAGAAUUCUAACCGAUAACGUUCCUUUCAGCGACGCUUAAUUGCAGGCAUUUUAGAUAGCAGUAUAUGACCAUCGAGUUGGAAGAAUUUUGCACAAACUAAUAUGCAAGUUUCUCGCUCUGAUAGCUUAGUGAUCAGAAUCCUUUUUCUGUCAGGUGUUUUUAGUCAUACGUCAAUAUUCUAUUGUCCAAGUCUAUAUAAUUUGUCAUUAUUGUAUUGUCCAAGUCUAUAUUCUUAUAAUAUGUCGAUAUCAAUAUUGUAUUGUCAAGUCUACUUUCUCUGCAGGCCUCCAGUCAAAAGGA